UACCCUCAGUGGCAAACCUUCAGGAAGAAAACUAUGACUGCUAAGAUCACAAGAAGUUCUCCUUUGUUAUACAAAAUACAAGUUACCCUACCAGAAGAUGAAGCUGAGAUCUUUAAGGCAAUCCGCCUUGAUGAUAUUCCUAUGUUACGGAAUCAGACAAAGCUUGGUGUUGACAUUAAUAUUAUACACACAGGUUCAGAAUGUAUGAUUAAAUCUCGCCAGUUAUCUCGACAUAUACGUUUGACAGGAUACAGUCCCUUAAUAAUGGCAGUGAUAUUCAGUCAAAUAGAGACAGUAGAGUGGUUAGUUGAUAAUGGUGCAUUAGUAAAUAUUCGAGAAGGUACUCAACGUACACCACUUCAUUUAGCAGUGGCUACAGAUAGACCUGAUGUUGUUCAGUAUUUAAUAACAAAAGGAGCUGAACUGAAUUGCCAGACAAAAAGUUUAAGAACUCCUUUACUUGAAGCUGUUGAUGUCAACAGUCCCCUAAUUGUUGAUAUGUUAAUAAAAGGAGGAGCAGACCUUGACCUUGGGGAUAUAAAAGGAACAACACCAUUACUAGAUGCUUCAUUUCACAUUUUAAAUCCACAUCGCCACAGAAAUUUGAAUAUGGAAGUGAUAGAACUACUUAUAAAAGGAGGAUGUGAUGUAAACAAGACCAACAAUUUACAUGCUACACCUUUAAUGAUGGCUGUUGGCAGCAAAUCUCAACCAGUUGUAGAAGUAUUGUUGAAUGCUGGAGCUGACAUUAAUCAUGCUGAUAACAAGAAAAGAACUGCUUUCCAUUUGAUUACCGAACAUGACAAGAUGACUAACUUAGCAUUACAGUUGUUACAAGCAGGUGCUGAUUUAAAUACUAAAGACUCUAAUGGCAAAACACCAAUUGAGAAAGUUGUUAAAUUUGGAAAAUUUGAAAUGAUUAAGUUUUUGUUACAUGCGGAUUGCCAGUAUGACAAGGAAUUAAUUAACUCUGACAGAAUGAAAUAUCUAUGUGAACUUGUGCCAGUGUUUGGAAAGUGGGUCAGUCAUGAACUUGGAACAGUUAAGACAUUACAAAGGUUGUGUAGACAGGCAAUUAGGAACAAUACACAAACAGAACAGUUAAAGAACAUACCGACACUGGACCUUCCAAAAUCACUCAUUGAUUAUUUAAUGUAUAGAUAAAAGAUUGUUUUGUGAUAGAAUGUAUUUUAAUUAGCCUUGUUUUUGACAAAUUGAUAGGAAUAAUAAAAAGAUUAGACAACACAGCAAA